AUGGUUCACUCGUAUGAACUACAAGAGAAUGAGUGGCUGUUUAGCCUCUAUAGUGAAAGAAGUCGUUGGGUUCCGUGUUUUUUGAAGACGAGUUUUUGGGCAGGGAUGUCGACAACACAACGUAGUGAGAGUAUUAACGCAUUUUUUGAUGGAUAUGUCAAUGCAAAAACAACAUUGAAGCAAUUUGUUGAACAAUACGAGAGGGCACUACGUAGUAAAGUGGAGAAGGAGAUUCAAGCUGAUUAUAAGUCGUAUUCGGCGAUAGUUCUAUGUGCUACUAUGUAUGAAUUAGAAAAACAAUUCCAAGCUAUUUACACCAUCAGUAAGUUCAAGGAAUUUCAAUCUCAAUUCACAGGUAUGGUGUACUGUGAUAUUAUAUCCAAUGAGGAUGGAUCUGAGAAAUUUUUUCGGGGACAUAAACACAUGGUUCAGGAGGAUGUUAUUUGCAAUGGAAAAAAAUAUAAAAAAAUCUACAUUGUUGAAACUCUAAAGGAAUCGGGAAACUUUGCUUGUAGUUGUCAUUUAUUUGAGUCUCGAGGGAUAAUUUGCAAACAUGCUAUCACAGUUUUGAUUCGCAAUGAUGUGACGUCCGUUCCUGACAUGAGAGAUGUGUGUAGGUCAUACCAAAGGGUGAAGAUCAAUUAUGAUGGUUGGACACCUGAUCAAUUACGAUAUGAUCAUUUGUGUCGUGCUUUUGCAGCGGUGGCUGACAAGGUGGCGAAUGAUGAUAUGAGAGCAGGUAAGCUUAUAGAGUGGAUUGGAGCUGUAUCUAAUGAUUUGGAUUCAAUUAAUAUCGAUCAAAAAAGUAAAGGAAAAUCUAAUUUGAACCAAAGCAUAUUGGUAGAUUCAGUUAAGGGAGGAGCGGAUAAAACUUUGGGACCCAAAAUUUUUUAUCCAAACCACGUGAAAAGAAAAGGGGCUCCUCGAAAAUUACGUCAAAAAGAGGCACUGGAAAAGAUUUCUAAAAAUUAA